UUAUUUGUUUGAUUAGCUAGCGUGUUAGAUAUGACUGUAGUUUUAUCAUAGCCAACUCAAAUUUGGCAAAGCUGGCAGUUCAUGGGUCUAUAAAUAGCAUUGCCGGGAUCACUAAAUGACUAACAGAAUGGCUGGAUGCUGCACUGAGAACUAGCUGAGCUUCCCGUACGAAGCGGUAUUAAUCUCAGUGCUGGCUGUGAGUUAUUUUCGUGCGGUCUGAGCGUGUAGAUAUGCAGCGAUUUAGAGUAAUACCUUAAAUAAAUGCCAGUUUGAUUACAAUGCCUUACUGCUUACUCUUGUUUUUCCAUUCCCAUAUUGUUUAUCUAGUUGCGUUAUUAAAAUUUCAGCGCUGCACAAAAAGAAGCUGAAAGGGUCAUUAAAUAUUUCAUUUCAGGGUAAUGACUUCAGCUGAAGAACGCACGUUCAUUGCCAUAAAGCCAGAUGGUGUGCAGCGAGGACUUGUGGGAAAAAUCAUCAAGCGAUUUGAGCAGAAGGGGUUUAAACUUGUCGGUAUGAAGCUUCUCCAUGCAUCGGAAGACCUCUUGAAGACUCACUACAGUGAUCUUAGUGAACGACCAUUCUUUCCUGGCCUGGUUAAAUACAUGCAUUCUGGCCCUAUUGUUGCCAUGGUGUGGGAAGGCAUGGAUGUGGUGAAGACUGGGAGAGUCAUGCUGGGUGAAACCAAUCCUGCAGACUCGAAACCAGGCACCAUCCGAGGUGACUUUUGCAUUCAAGUUGGCAGGAACAUCAUCCAUGGCAGUGAUUCAGUAGAUAGUGCCAACGCAGAGAUAAACCUUUGGUUCACUCCAGAGGAGCUGGUAUCAUAUACGAGUUGUGCAGAGAGCUGGAUCUAUGAUUAACCAAGCAGCCACAGCCCAUCAAACUCUUUGUUCCUUCUGUCUUGAAUUUAUGCUGUGUUUGUGAAUAGCAAACGCAUGUCAAUAAAUACUUGAAUACCA